AUGAUUCAGUCAGACAAAGGAGCAGACCCACCAGGCAAGAAGGACAUGAAGCUGUCUACAGCAACCAAUCCGGAGAAUGGUCUCUCCCAAAUUCUUAGGCACGUGUUGCAGGAGCUAAGUCUGUUCUACAGUCGAGACGUGAAUGGAGUGUGUCUUUUAUACGAUCUGCUCUAUUCCCCGUGGCUGCAGGCCCUGCUAAAGGUUUAUGAUUGCCUCCAGGAAUGUAAAGAAAAGAAACCAGUUCCCACCACAGUCCAAGCACAGGCAUUAUCCUGUGAGGUAGUGGAGCUUCUAUGUGGAGCCCCUAAUUCUCCUGAGAUCCAAGAGCUGAGACAAAUCCUCCAGGAUCCACAUUUUAAGGCCUUGCUCAGUGCUCACGACACUAUAUCGCAGAAAGAUUUUGAACCCCUUCUCCCCCCUUUGCCAGACAAUAUUUCUGAGAGUGAGGAAGCAAUGAGGAUUGUUUGUUUGGUGAAAAACCACCAGCCUCUGGGGGCCACCAUCAAGCGCCAUGAGAUAACAGGGGACAUCCUGGUGGCCAGAGUCAUCCACGGUGGACUGGCCGAGAGGAGUGGGCUGUUAUAUGCUGGAGACAAACUGGUGGAAGUGAAUGGUGUUUCAGUUGAGGGCCUGGACCCUGAGCAAGUGAUCCAUAUUCUGGCCAUGUCUCGUGGCACAAUCAUGUUCAAAGUGGUUCCAGUGUCUGACCCUCCUGUUAAUAGCCAGAAGAUGGUGUACGUUCGUGCCAUGACGGAGUACUGGCCGCAGGAGGAUCCCACCAUCCCCUGCGUGGAUGCCGGGUUGCCUUUUGGGAAGGGGGACAUCCUCCAGAUUGUGGACCAGAAUGAUGCCCUCUGGUGGCAGGCCCGGAAAAUCUCAGACCUUGGUGCCUGCGCUGGGCUAAUCCCUUCCAACCACCUUCUGAAAAGGAAGCAACAGGAAUUCUUGUGCUCUCAGACUUACCAGCCUCAUGCCUGCCUCAAAUCAACCACAUUGAAUUCUAUGGACGAAGAGGAUGACAUGAAAAUUGAUGAGAAAUGUGUGGAAGCAGAUGAAGAAACUUUUGAAUCUGAGGAGCUUUCAGAAGACAAGGAGGAACUUGUUGGCUAUAGGCAGAAGUUCUUUAUCGCUGGUUUCCGCCGCAGCAUGCGCCUUUGUCGCAGGAAGUCUCAUCUCAGCCAGCUGCACACCAGUGUGUGCUGCACCAGCAGCUGCUACAGAGCAGUGGGAGCCCCUUACGAGGAGGUGGUGAGGUAUCAGCGACGCCCUGUAGACAAGUACCGCCUGAUAGUGCUCAUGGGACCAUCUGGUGUUGGAGUAAACGAACUGAGAAGACACCUUAUUGAACUUAAUCCUAACCAUUUUCAAAGUGCUGUGCCACACACUUCUCGUUCCAAAAAGAGUUAUGAAAUGAACGGGCGUGAGUAUCACUAUGUGUCAAAGGAAACGUUUGAAAGCCUCAUAUAUAACCAUAGAAUGCUGGAGUAUGGUGAAUACAAAGGCCACCUGUAUGGCACUAGUGUGGAUGCUGUUCAAGCAGUCCUUGAUGAAGGAAAGGUGUGUGUCAUGGACCUAGAGCCUCAGGGUAUUCAAGUGGCUCGAACCCAUGAAUUGAAGCCUUAUGUCAUAUAUAUAAAGCCAUCUAACAUAAGUUGUAUGAAGCAAUCUCGGAAAAAUGCCAAGAUCAUUACAGACUACUUUGUGGACAUGAAGUUCAAGGAUGAAGACUUGCAAGAGAUGGAGGAUGUAGCCCAAAAAAUGGAAAUUCAGUUUGGCCAGUUUUUUGAUCAUGUGAUUGUGAAUGACAACUUGCAAGAUGCAUGUGCCCAGUUGUUGUCUGCAGUAAGGAAGGCUCAGGAGGAGCCUCAGUGGGUUCCAGCAACAUGGAUUUCCUUUAACGCUGAGUGUUAGGGAGGCUGGAGUGAAAUGCUGGAGUUUU